CACGGAAAAUUCAGCAGAGAUCAAUGCACAUUGUCGUCUGCUCCUGUGUAAAUUCGUAAAUAGUAGCCCUCUCUUGUGAGUUUUUAACAUUUAACAACACAGACACCACAGCAGGAGUCUUUCUACCUAUUUUAGGUGUCUUUCCGAAAUUUAGUAACAUUAUUGUGUUGCGUGCACAACAAAAUAUUCAAACAUUGGUGGAAUUCAGUUGAAGAGACUAAGCCAGUGUUCAUCGAACGGACUUGACCAGGACAGAGCAGCGAUGCUGCACUGCGAAGAUCGAAACACCGUGAGCAAAGUUUGGAGCGGCCAAAUACCCGUUUGCUUUAGGUUGGCUGCACAGGACUGCAGCUCUAUAGAAGCGCCAGAUCCAUUUUUUAUAAUGUUGCCAAGAAUAUCGUAUCUUCCCUUCAUAUGGGAGAAGGUGCAACGUUACUUUUCACCGUUCGUCGCAGAAGAACAUCGUUCAUCGCAAUUAUGGCUCGAGACGCCCAUUAAUACCACUUCGGUUCUGAGUGGUUCUGUGAUGCUUCGAUGGCACCUGCCAAUAGGGCUGUUAUAUGACUUACAUGGAGGUGGGAAACUGCCAUGGACAAUUAUUAUUCAUUUCCGUGAUUUCCCUGAUAAAGAACUCAUAGCCUGUGAAACGAAACAGGUGGCGGAAGCACAGUUCAUGAACAGUGUCAAAGAGGCGGAUUUUCUGAAGACCCGCAAGAAAAUUAUGACAGCCAUGACUCAAAGUGAACGAAGACAAAUGACGGCUGCAUUAUACGCCCUACAGGCGGAAUCUUUUUGGGCAGUUAAUCGAAAGUUGAUGUUCACCAGCGAAACCUGGAAGCACAUCCCUCUGCGGAUAUUCUUAUUACAAUCUUCGCCUGGCACAGAAGUCUCAACGACCGCUCCACCCGUUGUCUAUCAGAUACAAAAACUCGUCCCGAUGAGUGGAUCAAGCGACGGUUUGCCAGAUAAUAGCAAGCAGCCAAUUACCCUUCGACACGUUCUUCGUUUGUGGUUUACGAGGCCUCAAAAUCAGGGUAAGCCGACAGUGACACCAGAGCUACAUGAUUUGUCGAAAAAAGAGGACUGCAAUCAAUGUUUAGCCGCAGAAGAUGGAACGCAAACCCCUGACACCGAAAGUUCUCCUGGUACGACAGAGCGUAGGGUUAUAGCAGGCGGAGAUGGAACAGAAACUGUAAAAAAUGAUUCUCGUAGCACACACAAGGGAAAGCCGCAAGAGUCAACGGAAAAUAAUGGCAAACUUCCUGCAUCGUCCUAUGAGUGGGGAGAGGAUAUGGAGGUGAUUCUGCAUGGUAUUCCCGUUCCACUAGAUGCACCACUUCAAUGGCUGGCAAUAAACAUGAGUUAUGCCGAUAAUUUUUUAUACGUAGUUGUUCGCCAGCGAAAAAAAACGGCAAUCGUUUAAAUAACUUCCACCGAUGUAUAAAGAGAGUCUAUUGAGAAAACAAUGACAAUGAAUGUUACUGGCUCUACACAGCGUGAACUCAUUCAGAAAAGAACCAUUAAUCAUGCAACUGAUUCCAAUUCUAAAAAAAACAAGUGUAUCGGUAUGUUUAUGGUCUAGGGUAAGUGUCAUACGAAUAAACAAUGAAGACAAAGGACGGACACGAUUAACAUAAAAAUCAGUUUUAAUACAGUCAUGAUAGUAAAAAUAAGCUUGACUUGAAUGUUGCAACUGAGUCCAUAUCUGAUGUAAUUUACGUGUAGGAACCUAUGAGCCAAAACGUUUUUUUUGCAUUAAUGUUUAAUGCUAAUUGUAAUAUGCUGGAAUUAUUUGUUGCCUAAGAAUAGAAAUACAAUUGAAUAAAGCAAAGAAUAGAGGAGACUGCCAUAUAACAAGCAAAUAUAGGCAAAGGUCGAUACUUAUCGAUCUUGAAAAAAUGA